CCUUCUAGCGGUUGAUUCUCGCGCGCGUGCGCUUGCUUCUCCUCAUUGGCCGUUUGCUGUGGCUCCCUGGCGGAGCGUGGCCUUGCGUCCUCCCCCAGCUCUCGCGAGAGGGCGGCAGCUCUGUAAGAUGGCGGCGCUGUGUGAGGAGUUCACGCUGUGCGGCCUGAUUGCCAGCGCGGGAGCAGGGGCUGGCCAGGGCAUCGUGGGGCUGGAACCUGGCCCGGAUCCCGACCGGGUGCUGCUCACCGACCGCGGCAGGACGGCCACUCUCUACAAGGUUUCAGACCAAAAGCCACUGGGUUGCUGGUCAGUCAAACAAGAUCAAACUAUCACAUGCCCAGCUGUGUGUAACUUUGAAACUGGCGAAUACAUUGCUGUCCAUGACGAUAAGGUUUUAAGAAUAUGGAAGGAUGAAGAUGUUAAUUUGGAUAAAGUAUUUAAAGCAACAUUAACAGCUGAGGUGUAUCGGAUACAUUCACUACCCCACACAGAGCCACUUGUGCUUUUCAAAGGAGGUGCAGUGCGAACCUUAGAUGCUCUGCUGGCGGCACCACAACAAGAAAUUGAAAAUGUUAUCUCAGAUGAAGUCAUUAGGUGGAGUGAAGCUUUCAUGGAAACUCAACAACCUGUUUUAAUUUUUGCUACUGAGAAAAAUGGGAAUUAUUUUGUGUAUGUACAGAAAGUUAACCCAAAUAUCCUGCACAAGUACAAGCUUGAACAAGAAGAAUCAUCACAUCCACUGAGUUUUACAGCAUAUACAAAAAACAAUAUUCUCACACUCCUGUGUUUGUAUUCUAAUGGAUGUGUGUAUAAGAUUCUGAUGUCACUGCAACACAGUGUCCCAGAGGAAGAGCAAAUUCUGUCCAAGUCACUACUGCUCAAAACUGUAGUGUCUGACACUGUUCUAAAAGGAGCUUCAUUAGCCAUCCUUGAUAAAGAUCAUGUUGCAGUAUUGGGAUGUUUGGAUUCUCCACCUAAUAUUGCUAAAGAGUGCCUAGCUAUAUGGAAUACAAAAUUUCAAACAUUGCAAACCUCAAAAGAACUACCACAGGGAACCUCGGGACAAUUGUGGUGUUAUGGAGAGAAAUUUUUUUUAACACAUGGGAAGGUGCUAACUGUAAUUGUAUACAAGUGUGAAACUUCAUCCUUGGCAGCUGCUGUUGGAAAACUCAAGGAUACUCAAACCUCAAGCAUGAGAACUGUGUCUUCAUAUGUGAAUUGGAAUAUGCUUCAAGAAGAUGAUCUGGGAUCUCCAUUUGCACAGCAAUCUAUAACUGCUAAAACUGAAUCCAAGAGAACUUUAAGGUUGAGAAGGAACAAUGUUGCAAAAGUGCAGCGAGACACCCUUACAGUUGAACAGCUUUUAUCAGAUAUAAAGGAUUCUUCUCAGAGUGAUAUUGAAGAGGAAUUGUGGCAGUUCUUGUCAAAUGCACAGAUGUCAGAUUUCCAAGCUACCGUUGGAUACAUUAUAACAGGUCUUGUGAACAGGUGUAAAACAGAGCCAACAUUUUACCCUCGAAAUUGCCUGGUACAGUUGAUCCAGACACACGGACUCUCUUACAGUUUGUGCCCAGACUUAAUGGCAGUUGCCUUGGAGAAGACAGAUGUGCAUUUGUUGCAACUUUGUCUACAGCAAUUUCCUGACAUUCCUGAAGCAGUUACCUGUGCUUGCUUGAAGGCUUUCUUAAGCAUCAAUGACGACAGCCUUCAAGGAACAAAUGUGAAUUUAGAUUCAGUAAUCAGUUACAUCGAUAUUACGCUCAAUGAUCAAGUAGAAAAACAAAGUGCAACUGUACAGAAUGGCUUCAGUUCUGAACUGAUGGAGGAGGACAGCUGUGAUAUUCAGUUAACACCGAAACCCCAUGUGGUGGACACUGAAGAAUUAUGCCCUGUUGGACCACAAAAGGCAGCACUGCUAAAUGCCAUUCUCUAUUCAGCAUACAGUGAAACAUUUCUCUUGCCUCAUCUGAAAGACCUUUCAGCUCAGCAAGUCAUUCUGUUUCUCCGGUAUUUGCAGUACCUGUAUAUAAAGUGCAGUGAAAAAGUUAGUAUGGAUUUUCCUGGCAUGCUUUCUCCAACCAUAAACCAGAUUAUGGACUGGAUGUGCCUGUUACUAGAUGCUCAUUUUACAGUUGUGGUGAUGCUACCAGAAGCAAAAGGAUUGCUUUUUAGCUUACAUAAGUUUGUGAGAGCACAAGUACGAUUUUACUCUGAACUCAACAAGAUAGAAGGAAGUUUGCAAGAACUACAAAGAACAAAACCCCAAAAAGACUUUGGCUUAUAUUCUAUUGAAAUGUUGGAACUGGUUUGAAUUUGAUAUGUAUUCUUCAUAAACUUAUUUUUUAUUUAA